ACCAAGCCUGGCUUGAGCCUGGCUCCCUGGGAUAGGCUGGCUGCCUCGGGCAGAGGCGGAAGAACAGGGAUUUGGAGGAAGAGGGAGAAACAGGUGACAUUAUCAUGCGCUCGUUCAAUAAAUGGACGCCUGCUGUGUGCCAGGCCCUGUACUAGUUGGGGCCACGGCGGUGAAAAGGAAAACCUACAAAAUUUUGAGUGCCGCCUCCAUUUGGGCACAGCCCUGAAGGCCAGCCCUUUUGGAGGUGCUUCUCAUGCAAAAGGAAUCGUCCUGGAAAAAGUAGGAGUUGAAGCCAAACAGCCAAAUUCUGCCAUUAGGAAGUGUGUCAGGGUCCAGCUGAUCAAGAAUGGCAAGAAAAUCACAGCCUUUGUACCCAACGACGUUUGCUUGAAUUUUAUUGAGGAAAACGAUGAAGUUCUGGUUGCUGGAUUUGGUCGCAAAGGUCAUGCUGUUGGUGAUAUUCCUGGAGUCCGCUUUAAGAUUGUCAAAGUAGCCAAUGUGUCUCUUCUGGCCCUAUACAAAGGCAAGAAGGAAAGACCAAGAUCAUAAAUUUUAAUGGUGAACACACUGUAGUAAUAAAUUUUCAUAUGCCAAAAAAAUAAAAA